AUGACGAGAGAAGACAGGGAGGGGCCGUCUGAGCCCGGCGUCGCCUUCACGGGGAGCGAGGCUGCCUCCGGUCGCAGCGCGGAGGAGCAGGGCCGCUGCCGGUCGCGUCGCCGAGGGGCCAGGCCGCCGUGGCAGGGCCGCCGCCGGUCGCCGGAAUCCCAUGAGGAUGAUGCGCACCGCCGGUCGGGGAAGGAUCAGAUCGACGCCGUCGCAGUGUCCCGUGUGGUGGAACGUCUCCAGCAGGAAGAAGCAAAACGUGUUUUCGUGGCUGCGUUCUUGGGCGGCGAACCUGGUGUUCUCGUGGCCGGUGAAAGGAAAGAGAAAAAUCUCGGGAUUAAAUGA